AUGUCAUCAGUACGAACUCUCCUAUCGCGUAUACCGUCAUGCACACCACUUCUACGACCACGGAUGCAAGCAAUCAGGUCGUUGUCAGUGUCUCCGAUAUGUCGUAACGAGACAAUCGACCCUAAAAUAUCUUCCAUCGUCGAUCAAAUAUCGGGAUUAACGCUCCUAGAAACUGCUGGUCUCGUCAAGGAACUCAAAACACGACUAAACAUUCAGGAUGUAGUCAUGCCAUCAUACCAACCAUCAUUCGCUGCUGCUCCUGCUCCACAAGCUGCUGCAACUGAGGCUGCUGCUCCAGCUGCUGCUGAAGAAAAACCAGUGGAAAAAACUGAAUUCAAAGUAAAGCUCGAAAAGUUUAAUGCUGAUGCUAAGGCCAAGAUUAUUCGGGAAAUCAAGACGCUGAUUCCAGGGUCUAAUCUCGUUGAGGCAAAGAAAUUCGUCGAAUCUGUACCAAAGGUCAUAAGAGAAGCAGUCCCCAAAGAAGAAGCUGAGAAGAUCAAGAAAUUAUUAGAAUCUCUAGGCGCUACCGUCAUACUCGAAUAG